CUAACCAUUGGCCAAGCCCACUCUAUUCCUAGCUUCGUCAUCGGCUACUCAGUUUUUCUUUGAUAACAAUAUUGUGCACAUUAGUGGCUUCAAAGGCAGAAUAAGGAUUAGUGACGUAUAUGAGGAAUGGGUUAGAGCGUCGUUUCGGAGACAUGAAAAUGUUCUACAACAAUAUUCUUCAAUACUCAAAGAACAAUAGCUCAAUUUCUACCAAUAAAUGUUUUUUUUGUUUUCAUUUUCGGAACUUCUAACAUGUCCGAACUUUUUAAAUAUUGGAUAUUUAAAACUACAACAUAUUUCUCAUUUUUAUAAUGCUGAAAAGUAAUACAAAGUAUAGCUUAAAUAUUAAGAGUUUUAUUGGAUCAAUUUUAUUGGUCAUCAAAAUGAUUACACACCUAUGUAACAAAAAUACUUAUAACACAAUCAGAUCAUAAGAAUCGUUAAAAAUUAACAUAUGUUAUUCAUAACUUUCAAGUAUUUUUAUAACUUAUGUUUAUGAUAAAUACGAGAAACUGUAUUAGGUAUCAUUAUUUGAUAUAAAUAUCUACACAUUUAUCAUAACUUUUAAAUUAUUUUUAUUCAUAUCAUGAAAAUAAUAUUUAGUAUUUCUGUGGUAUCAAACUAAUUAGAUAUGCGAUUCCAUAUAUAAUAAUUUGGAUCCUUUCAUGUACGGUCUCAAUAUUUGAUUUCUAAAUAACUAUUGACAGUUACGCUUGAGUUAUAGAAUUCUAGAUUUGAUACGUUAAAAAUCUUGAAAAUAUAUUUUAUAAAAAAAAAACUACUAAUUAGAACCAUAUUUUCGUAUUUAAUUGAGGAGAAACUAAAAAAGAAACAACUACUUAUACCAUUGGUUGACAUGAUUCAACGGUUGAGAUUAAUAGUUGAAGUUAUCUUCACCAUUGGCUCUCAUUGGUCGAACUUUUUGGAAGUAAAGCCGGAAUUUCCUAAUAUAGGGAGCCAACCUAAAUUUUUUAUUACCCUUAUCGAUUUCUCCCUUCCCUCAAACCAUCACAAGUCUCUCUCUUAUGUCGUAAUCCAUCUCAAGUCACCACAAACUCUCAGAGCCUCCACAAUCCUAUCUCCAAUCUGUCUUCAACCGCCACAAUUUAGAUUACAAAGUUAUCUUUCACAGCUAGCAACUCUAAUGGAAGCAACGAAGCAGUCAACACAGCCCAACCAGCCACAACAACCGCCACAACAAGUAGCGGUCAACACAGCUCAACCAGCCACAUCAAUAAGCACUCAAGAAAGCUCAACCUCAGGAGUAACUAAUGUAGACGAGCUAACCAGAGCCGAGCUCAGAAGCUACGAAUUGAUACGCAUUGAGAAACCGGAAGAAGACAUCGACCCAGAUUACAUGCAUUAUCUGAGAGCAAUAGGUGCAUACGACUCAGUUCAACUACAGUCAGCACGAGGAAAGGGUCGUGGCAUUACCAUUGCUUCACUAAUGUUUUAUUUGCUUCAGUAUGCUUUGUUUGCUUGAUACGACGCAAGUCUAGAUAGUAGAAGCCAAAAAGGAAAUUGGCCGAGAAUUAGAAAUAUGUCGGUAAGAAGUUCUAACCUUGGUUCAGGAACACAUACGAAGGCUGUUCUACCACUAGAGUAAAGUCACAUUUUGAAAAUUCUAUGUCCAACAUAUUACAUAUUAAUCGGCAUGCGGAAGCUACUGCUUAUACUCACCAAAGUAAAUCUAAUCUCCAAAUCAACUUAGGAUACUUGAUUACUAAUUUUAUACGUUACCUUUAUGAAUUACCAUAUCUGCGGCAAUCCUACAUAAUAAAAGGAAUGUAAGAUAAUUUUGUAAACCAGCCAUAUAAAUCAACGAGUAUCUUCCUUCAAAGGGGAAAAAAAUUCAACUCUCUCCAAAACUCAUCCUUAUCUUGCAUAAGCUGAAGAAACAUUAUAUCCAUCUUCUCAAGACUAUCAUCCACAAAUUGUCGUACUGCCGGAAUGGAUACACCGCCCUAUGAUCAACCCCAAGAAAACACAGGCGGACAUCCGCAAAAAAGGAAACGAAACCGUCCCCGUGGAUCACGUAUGAAAUCAAAAGUUCAUCUAAUUAAUGAUCGGUCAACAUUCAAACCAAAAUAUUAUGACUGUGAAUGUGAUGACUGCGACUCUUACAUCAAGCAAAAAAAUGCACGCAAUAUGAGAAAGGCUAUCUUGCUAUCAAAACGAAUUUCAGCGCGAUCACAAGAUGCAGCUUCUCCACAACAAACACGUAUAAUACGUCACACUCGAACAAAGAAGAGAGAUAAAGGUUCGACAUCACAAACCAAUGAAAACCCAAUCGUUACAUGCACGAAAUGCGGUGCUCUUAUGUGGACUUCGGAGAGCACUGGAACAGACUUCAAAACAGGAGAACCAACAUUCACAGUUUGCUGUAACCAUGGCCAAAUCAGACUUCCGCCGAUCAAUCAACCCCUAACCCUAUUAUAAGAACUUCUUGGGUUUAGGUGGUUUCGAGAUACUAUCCGAGUCUAUAACUCCGUACUGGCUUUUACAUCGGUUGGAAUGAAAAUGGAUUAUAGUGUGGUGCAUGCACAUGGUCCUUACACUAUACGGAUACAGGGUCAAACCCACCACAUGAUUGGCUCCCUUAUACCCCAACAAGGUCGUCUCCCAGAGUAUCUCCAACUCUAUAUAUUUGAUACGGGGAACGAAGUCAGAAACAGGCUAAAUGCAAUGGGUAAAUCGUCAACAGAAGGUAAUCUUGAUGAGACAACCUUAGAGCGCCUCAUCGAGAUGAUUGACGAGAAUAAUUGCUUAGCUAAGAUUUUCCGACGGGCACGAGACUAUUAUGAAAGUGUUGGGAAAGAGUUUAAUAUUAGACUGCGCCCAUAUAAAGGGAAAGGGAAAGAGUACGAUCUUCCGAGUAUGAAUGAGGUCGCAGGCCUUAUAGUAGGGGAUAUGUCAGCAACAAUUGGAGUACGAGAUAUAGUGGUCCAAUUUCAAUCUGACACUUUGCAGCAGAUACGUGAUGAUCAUCCUCUGUACAUGAGUCUACAAUAUCCUCUUUUGUUUCCAUAUGGUGAGUAUGGUUUUCAUCCCGAGAUCCCAUUACAUCUUGAGACAUGCACUUCAAGAACAAGGCAAUUCCUGACCAUUCGCCAAUUCUACGCCGCUCAACUCCAGACCCGUAUUAACCAAGGACAGACAUGGAUUAAAGGCAGCCAUCUCCUCCAUCAAUAUAUUGUGGACAUUUAUACGACAAUUGAAGAAGAUCGACUAAGGUGGGCGAGGAAUAAUCAAGAUGUUCUAAGAGCCGAGCUCUACAAUAAUGUACUCGACGCUGUUUGCAAGGGUGAUUCUGAUGCUAAAAUUAUUGGACAGAGGUUCAUACUGCCGCCAAGUUUCACUGGUGGGCCCCGGUACUUAGUUGAAAAAUAUCAUGGUGCGAUGGCUAUUUGCAGAGAAUAUGAGAAUCUAGAUUUGUUUAUCACAAUGACGGCCAAUCCCAACUGGAGAGAGAUUAAAGAGCAUCUUGCGAAGUAUGGUGGAGAUUCUUCCAAUGAUAGACCAGACAUUGAGUGUCGAGUCUUUAAGAUGAAGUUGGACCAGCUACUCAAGGAUUUUAAAAAGGGAACUUGCUUCAAGCCAUACACAGCUACUUUCCACAGGAUAGAGUUUCAAAAAAGAGGACUCCCUCAUGCACAUAUACUAUUGUGGUUUGGAAACUCUUCCAGGACACCAAGUGCAGAGGAAGUAGAUGAGAUUAUCUAAGCUGAGCUUCCAAACAAGGAAGAAGAUCCUGAAGGUUACAAUUUAGUAACAAAAUACAUGAUUCAUGGUCCAUGUGGUGUUAUUAAUCGGAAGUCACCAUGUAUGGAGAAUAAUGUGUGCACAAAAAAGUUUUCUAGGCCGUAUAAUGAUUAUACUUCAAUUGAUAAAUCAGGGUGUGUAUUGUAUCAUCGGCGCCAGAAUGAAAAUGCGUCUGUACUACAGGACGGGACAAUCCUAAACAACAAUUUUCUUGUACCUCAUAACAUUAAGCUCUUGAAGAAGUACGAAGCUCAUAUUAAUGUUGAAUGGUGUAAUCGUACAAGUUCCGUGAAGUACUUAUUCAAGUACAUAACCAAGGGUGUUGAUAGAGCUUCCGCGGUUAUUGAACAGAGAAAUACGGGAACCACAUCUAGCACGGUGGCCUCUGGCGAACCAAAGGAGAGGGUUAUCAAGCAACGGAAUGAGAUCCAAGACUACAUCGAUGCGCGGUACUUAUCAGCUUGUGAGGGUAUGUGGCGGACGUUCGCAUUCCACAUACACAAAAGAAAGCCAUCAGUUGAGAAGCUUAUCAUUCACUUAGAAGGUGAACAUAACAUCACUAUUAAGGAAACUGAUAACCUCGGACAUUAACUUACGUGCAAAUUCUGGAAUAUUUCGUAUGGAACAACAAUACCAAAGUCUGGUCUGAACGUAAGAAAGGAAAAACCAUUGGGAGAAUCGUAGUUGUCCACCCAUUGGCAGAAGAUCGUUACUAUUUAAGGAUCCUUAUAAAUAGGAUUAAGGGUCCUCGAAGUUGUGACGAGCUCAAAACGUUUAACGAUGUUAAAUACCCUAAUUUCAAAUCGGUUUGCUACGCACGAGGCUAUUUGGACAACGAUGUCAAAUGGAUCGAGAGUAUGUCAGAGGGUGCUAGAUCGGCUACCCCAUUUCAACUACGUGAUAUGUUUGUCACAUUCCUAAAUCAUUGCUUUGUUGCGAGCCCUAAAAAGCUAUGGGAACACUCAUGGAAAUCAAUGAGUGAUGACAUACUUUGCAAGAGACAAAGACUCUUAGGUCACUCAAAUCUAGAACUGGAUGAUGAGACCCUUGAGAAAUACACUUUAAUAGAAGUGGAAAAGUUGAUGCGGAUGCAUGACCGCUCGAUAAGUGAUGUUAAAGAUAUGCCUAAGAUCAAACCUAUUUUGCUAAAAGAAUUGGGGAACAGUUUGUGGACCCAAGAACUGGAUUAUGAUGUUGCAGAGGAAACAUUAAGACAUAACACGCAGCACAUCCUACUUAAUUCUGAUCAACGUGUGAUCUACGAAUCAGUCUUAGACUCCGUUGAUAAAAAAGAUGGAAAACUAUUGUUUGUAUAUGGCGCAGGUGGCACGGGAAAAACAUUCCUAUACCAAGCCAUUAUAUCCAGACUUCGCUCCAGAAAACAAAUCGUUCUGCCGGUUGCUUCUUCAGAGAUAGCCGCAUUGCUCCUACCUAACGUAAGAACAGCUCUUUCCCGCUUUAAUAUUCCUUUGAAGCUCUCCGAAGAUAAGCUAUGCAACAUCAAACCAGGUACAAUGCUGGCUGAACUAAUCGAGAAAAUGGACCUCAUAAUUUGGGAUGAGGCACCUAUGACUCACAAGCAUGCUUUUGAAGCACUAGACAAGACGUUGAAGGAUAUAAUGUCCACGAAAAACCCACCCGUAAAGGAUAUGACUUUUGGCGGCAAGACAGUUUUGUUGGGUGGUGAUUUUAGACAGAUUUUACCGGUAAUUCCACAAGGUAGUAUAGCUGACACUAUCUUAGCUUCAGUAAGUCAUUCUUAUCUAUGGGAUAGCUGCCACAAGUUCUCUUUAAAAAAAUAUGCGAGUCAAUCAGGACGAGAAGAAGUUUUCAGAGUGGCUUCUCAAAGUCGGGGAAGGUCAACCACAAUCAUCAGAGGAAGAUGAAGAUGAUGGUUACCAUGAACAAAUGAUAAUUGUCGACAACUCAUUGGUUCGGCAGACUAUGGAUGACCCUUUAAGACAAGUUGUUAAUGCUGCAUAUGGAGACAUCAACAAAAUAAAGGCCUCUCAAAGCUCUUACACCGAUAGAGCUAUACUCACUCCCCAUAAUGAGACAGUUGAUGAAAUCAAUGCAUAUACAAUCUCCAACACAGACGGAGAAUCAAGAGACUACUACAGCUGCGAUAGCUUUGAGAUUUCGGAUACUCAAUCUGAUCAAAAUGAUACACUAUACGCGAUUGAGUAUCUCAAUUCUUUGGAAUUCUUACGAUUGCCUUCUCAUAAACUCACUCUCAAAGUUGGGGCCUCAGUUAUGCUCCUGCGGAACAUAAAAAAAAUGAUUAUGCAAUGGUACCCGUAUGAUCUUAACCUACAUAGGCGAACGAGUGCUUAAGGCAGACAUAAUCACUGGCUCACACGUUGGACAAGAAGUCUUGAUCCCAAGGAUUGUUCUCUUGCAUGAUGAAACAAAGCUACCGUUCACUUUACGCCGUAGGCAAUUCCCUAUCAGAUUAUGUUACGCAAUGACAAUCAACAAAAGUCAAGGACAAAGUUUAAAAGAGGUUAUCUUAUAUCUGCCUAAACCAGUCUUCGCACAUGGGCAACUCUAUGUGGCUCUCUCGCGUGUAACAAGCAAAUCAGGACUAAAAAUCAUUAAAGCCGAAGACCAACAACCACAAAAAGUGAAGAACAUAGUAUACAAAGAAAUUUUCAACCGUCUUCGUUCCCAUGAAAUUUUCUAGCGAUCAACUGUGAUAAAUGAGAGCUAAACGUCUUCCUGAUGAUUGAUAUAUCACUACUUAAAGGCUCUCACUCAAGAAAGACCAUCACAUCUACACGUCCACUUUUCAAAAGUCCACCAACUUAUCUAUGAUUUAUAUUUUUUUGUCUUUAAAACCUUAAUAUCUGCUCUUGAUAAUGAUAAUAAUAUCUUCUGCUUUUAGACAUGA